AUGGCGAGCCCGAUUAUGACUUCUCACAAUUACUACCCGACUUCGAUACAGUUGCCAGAUUAUGUUGCAAACGAAAGUUCAGUGCUUUCGUUGAUCCUGCAAUUUGGUAUCCUGUGGGCAGCUGUUGUGGGUUUCUCUUUUACUCUCAUAUGCCGUAUGCGGCCAUCUUUGAGCCUGUCGGACCGAGUGGCUUUUACUUGGAUGUGCUUGAGUAUCGUUUCCCCUAUCCUUUUGGACAAGGAUCAAGAAAUAACUGGAUUCAUCCACCUUUUCUUUGAAGCCCACUUCGUUCUCAACCAUGCAGCACUCUCUGCUCGCCAGGGCUUGUUUGACCAGCUUUGGAAAGAAUACUCCCUUUCUGAUUCCCGAUAUCUGACAUCCGAUGCAUUCUUGGUCAGCAUGGAAGCAGUGACUGCGUUUUGUUGGGGACCACUGGCCUUCCUCAUCGCAUAUUGUAUUGCGAUAGAGCAUCCCGUGCGACAUGCUUUGCAGAUCAUCAUAUCUUUGGGCCAGGUCUACGGCGAUGUGCUUUACUACGCCACGAGCUUGCUUGAUAUCUCAUACUGUCGACCGGAAGGGUAUUACUUCUGGUUUUAUUACUUUUUCUUCAACUUUAUCUGGAUGGUAGUUGGAUGCUACUAUGUGAAACAAAGUGCUACCGAAAUUUGGAAGGCUUUCGAAAAGCUUCAGAGCCUCAGUGUGUUGCAGAAGACGAAAUGA